GUCCAGUUUGGAGCCGUUGCUUAACACUUAAUAACAUCGGCGAUCAAAAAAAAAAAAUUGUAAAAUUAUUUAGAAAAGAUGUUGUCGUCCGAGUUAAAGGUAGAACAAAAGCCAACAGAAAAUCAGCAGGAACAGCAAAAUACUCCAACCGCGGAAAUAACUGGCAGCAAACAAGAUGGAAGGUCAGACACCGAUGCUGCACUCAAGAUGGAGCAAAAUUUUGCCGCGGCCGAGCAGUACAAAAAUCAAGGAAAUGAUUUACUGAAAACCAAGGAGUUCACGAAAGCCAUCGACAUGUACACCAAAGCCAUAGAACUGCAACCCAACAGUGCUAUCUAUUAUGCCAAUCGAUCAUUGGCCCACUUGCGUCAGGAGAGCUUUGGCUUUGCCCUACAAGACGGGAUAUCUGCGGUGAAGUCGGAUCCCAGCUACCUGAAGGGUUACUAUCGUCGGGCGGCGGCUCACAUGUCGCUCGGAAAGUUUAAACAAGCGUUGUGUGAUUUUGAAUUUGUGGCAAAGUGCAGGCCGAAUGAUAAGGAUGCCAAACUGAAGUUCACAGAGUGCAACAAAAUUGUUAAAAUGCGGGCAUUUGAAAGGGCAAUCGCUGUAGACAAGCCAGAGAAGACGCUGUCGGAGAUGUACCGCGAUCUAGAGAACAUAACUAUUGAGGAUGACUACAAGGGACCUCAACUAGAAGAUGGAAAGGUUACUUUGCAGUUUAUGAAAGAUCUAAUGGAGCAUUACAAGGCACAAAAGAGACUGCAUCGAAAGUUUGCAUAUAAGAUACUCUGUGAGAUCGAUGUGUAUAUGCGGGCACAGCCUUCCCUUGUGGACAUAUCGGUGGCUGAUGAUAAUAAAUUCACCAUUUGCGGCGAUAUACAUGGUCAAUUCUAUGAUUUGAUGAAUAUCUUUGAGAUAAAUGGAUUGCCAUCCGAGAAGAAUCCAUAUCUAUUUAACGGCGAUUUUGUGGAUAGAGGAUCUUUUUCAGUGGAAUGCAUAUUCACACUGUUUGGCUUUAAGCUACUUUAUCCCAAUCAUUUCUUCUUGUCACGAGGUAACCACGAGAGCAUUAACAUGAACCAAAUGUAUGGAUUCACUGGCGAAGUGACAGCCAAGUAUACCAGCACUAUGGCGGAUAUCUUUACGCAAGUGUUCAAUUGGCUGCCAUUGUGCCAUUGUAUCAAUCAGAAGAUUCUUGUCAUGCAUGGCGGCCUCUUUUCAUCGGACAAUGUGACAUUGGAUAAUAUACGACGAAUUGAACGCAACUGCCAGCCACCUGAAGAGGGACUUAUGUGCGAGUUACUAUGGUCCGAUCCGCAACAAUGGAUGGGUCGUGGACCCUCCAAGCGAGGAGUCGGCAUACAGUUCGGACCGGAUGUAACUGAAUCAUUCUGCAAGUUGAACAACUUGGACUAUAUCAUUCGCAGCCACGAGGUCAAGGAUAUGGGCUAUGAAGUGGCUCACAAUGGUCAAUGCAUAACUGUCUUCUCGGCUCCCAACUAUUGUGAUACCAUGGGAAAUAUGGGUGCAUUCAUAACAAUAACAGGCAACAAUCUGCAACCAAACUACAAGUCCUUUGAGGCUGUGCCGCAUCCUGAUGUGAAACCCAUGGCCUAUGCCAAUAGUUUAAUGAACUGGUUGACGUAGUCAAUGCAGCCGGUAAUAUCCAACCAAACAACAAAAAUACAACAGCCUAUAAAAAGAUACACAACACACACAGCUUGAAAACCCAUUAACGAACAAACAUAAAAAUUCCGAGAUGCUCAAUAGACUUUUAUGUAUGUGCACAGCGAGCUAUUUCACUGCUUAAGUAUUCGUGUCAAUACUGGCGAUACAAGCAGCGAAGAAUCAUUAAAUUUAUAAAUCCAGCCUAUAUUUGAUACAGAUCGAAAACAUCCAUGUUUAUAAAUAUAUAUGUAUAUAUAUAUAUAUAUAUAUUUAUAUAUUUAGAGUGGCUUUAGAAGUCGGGAUGCAAAGUUUGAAAUGGUGCCAAGCAUCUGCGGUUCCGAAUCCACAAUAAAAUUUUGAAAAUUGCGAGUCAAA